AUGUAUGUGAAAUGGUUUGAUACAGUAAUGUUUUACUAUGUGAUUUUAGUGAUUUUAGUGAAUGUCGCUUUUUGCCAUUUUCAAAUUUCCCGCCAUUCUGUCCCCCGUACGUCCCGACGCUCGCAGGGGACGGAACCCAGAUGACAGAUGCCAGCACCCGCCGGAUUACAUUGCUGGGGACACUGCAGGAGGGACAUCGCGGGAGCGCAGGACAAGGUAAGUGAUCGAGGGAUCCCGGAGCAGCGCCGCAUGGUAAGCCUGAGUGUAGCUCGGGGUUACCACUUGUGCUACACUCAGGAAUACCGCCAGGGAGGCUAAG